AUGGGCAUGGCAGCAACUCACCGUUGUUCUUACCUUGGACGAGAGGUAGCACGAAAUGCUCGCAGACCUCAGUACAGUAUCCCUCCCGAGGCCUGCCCUUCUUUGGAGCUCAACGUUCGAGCCUCGGAUAUCGCCAGCCAGAUUAUCGAGGAAGCUAGGCUGUCGCCUUUGACAGCCACUGUAGCUCAAAUGGACGCUUUGGAUAAGAGGUUCACGUGUAACGCUUGCCUGAAGACGGAGACUUUCAAGCAGGAGAACGGACACAAAUACAAGCCGUUCUUAGGCGCCUAUACUUGGAGAAGCGCCAUACACCACGCGAUGACCAAGCAUCCCAAGUAUUUCAACAGCGACCCUUGGAACUCGCUUCAGUUCACUGUGAUCACUGACCCUGUAAAGCUACAAGUUGCGAAAACCAAAUUGUACCGAAGUGUGUCGUGGUUCUGCAACCAUUGUACCGAGUUCAACGACGGUUACGCUGCUCGGGAAGGUGAAGUGAUGAGUCACCUUCAGACCAUGAUGCAUGGGAUCAAAGAUCCGGCACUCGAAGACGAUCUGUUCCAGGAUGAUGAGCUAAGUCUCUUCUACGAGGCACCCGUCUUCAUUAGAAUGCUUGAGGACCCGCCUCGGCGCAGGUAUCCUGAACUCUUCGUCAGUUGGUAUAGUUUCUUCCAUUUGGACGGUCGAAGAGAGGACGAGGAUGAUUUUCAAGAGUAUGGGUGCAUGAUGUGUCGGUUCUUAGGGCUAACUCAUUAG